AUGGCCGAGUUCUUCCGCUUCCUGACGUCGAGAAGCGUGUACUUGGUAUUAUUAGUCGAUAGACUGCGGCAAGGGAAUAUGUACGUGCUUGAAGUCACCAAAGACGACUUUCUUAUCGUGUACGAGAGCUGUGCAAAGAUGGUUCUGAGUGACCUGAAUAUUCAAGACAUCCGGUUGAUCCUUAAUGUGAUCAAGGAUCCACGCCUGAAGUUCGACCAGGAAGUCGCAGAUGAUAAUCCUAAGCGUGUCUUCUACACGGUGAAGGAGAUGGUGCGUCGAGAGACGCAAAAGAGGGAGAGGCAUUGA